AUGGCAGGGGAAACCGCAUCAGAAACAGGGCAACACUUUUAUAAUGCUAUUGAUGAUUACAAUAAAGCAUUGAACAUCAAACCUAAUGACGUAUAUGAAGAAUACGAUCCAACGAUUAAAGAACAAGUUGAUAAAGCUCUCAUAACGGGCGCAUUCGACAAAUCAUCGCAAAUCUUAAAGAAAACAGAGUCCAGGUUCUUCGUUUUCACUCAAGAAGGCAAGAUAUUGUAUUAUAAAUCUAAAAAGGAUGCCACAAAUUCCAAGACAAUCGAAAUCACAGCAAGUAGCGAAAUAAAGAAAAGCGAAAACGACAGGUCCCAUCAUAUAAAUAUCGUAACCAUUAGUCGAACAUAUAAACUCAUGUUCCGAAGUGCAGAAGAGCUUAAUGAUUGGCACACGACUCUCACAAAAUAUCAAAAAACACUUCCUAAACCUGAAACUGAAGCCAAGCCUGAUUCAAGCAAGAAAACAACUACAAGAAGGACACGUUGA